AUGACUGCCUCUCGAGACCCCUUGGAUUCUAUCGGGCGCAACGAGGCCCCGGCUCUUCGGCCAGUGAUCACACACAUCACCGGUCACAAUGCAGAGGGUAAAGCUAUUUUACUCUCUUCGAAGGAGUCACCUCGUUCCUUUCACGGACAUGUCACUCCAGGCCAGUCGCACCGGAUGUCCUUCAGUGUGGCUUAUACGACUUCGCAGUUUCCACCGGAUUUGAACAAUGAUGCCGAUUUAAAGGCACAUAGCACGGUCGUUGACUCAGGAAAUUUGGGCUUAGUGAAUCCUGGAGGAUCAGUCUUCCGCAUUGUGGAUUUUGCACCGAAUAGCCCCGCGGCGGUUCACCGGACCCAAAGUCUUGAUUAUGGGAUUGUAUUGGAAGGUCAGAUUGAGAUGAUCUUGGAGGAUGGAGAGCCUGUUUUGUUGCAGCGGGGUGACCAUGCUAUUCAACGUGCCACCAUGCAUGGCUGGCGCAACCCAAGUCCGACCGAGUGGACACGCAUGGCUUUUGUUCUGCAAGACUGCAAACCCUUGACUGUUGGGGGAACAUGUCUCAAGGAGGAUUUGGGUCCCAUGGAAGGAGUCAUCAACUCUAGUGGGAAUGACCAAUAG